AUGGAUUUAGAUACGUUUAAUGAACUAUUAAGAUUAGUUCAUCCAUAUCUCGUAAAAAGAAGUCCACGAGCUUUACCACCAGAACACCGAUUACUCACGGCAUUAAGGUACUAUGCAACUGGAGAUCUAAUCCUAUCUGUGUCACUUGCAUUUAGGAUUGGAGAGACCACUGCUAGAAACAUUAUUAAAGAAGUGGCGCAAGUUUUAGUUCAAGUACUUGCACCUACUUAUUUGCAGCCCCCAAACACGCAGAAAUGGUGCGAAAUAAUGGCGCAUUUUUUGAGGGAAUGGAAUUUUCCAAACUGCGUAGGAGCACUAGAUGGAAAACAUUUUCCAAUAAAAGCUCCACCUAACUCUGGCUCUCUCUAUUAUAAUUAUAAAAAGCAAUUCAGCAUUGUUCUAUUGGCAACUUGUGAUGCUUCUUAUAAAUUCACUCUUGUGCAUGUUGGAGAAAUGGGAAGCAAUAAUGACGCUGGAAUAUUCAACGAAAGCCCAAUUGGACAAUCCAUGAGAGGACAGGAGCUUGGAUUACCUCUAGGUAGAGCAGCACUUCCUGGAACUGAGUUAACAACUCCACCUUUAUUCCUUGGAGAUGGGAUUUUUCCAACUAAAAGAAAUUUAAUAAUUCCUUAUAGUGGAAAUAACCUUGAUGAGGCGACCAGAAUUUUCAAUUACCGACUGUCUAGGGCACGACGGGUAAUUGAAAAUGCCUUUGGUAUUUUAGUUGCUCGCUGGAGGAUUUUUAAAAGGAUUUUGGAGUUGGAAGUCGAUUGCAUUGACUUAAUAAUUCUGGCAACAAUAUGCUUGCACAAUUUUUUAAGAUCAAAACAUGAACUCGAAAAUCCACCUGUAGUGCAAUAUUGCCCCCCCAGAUUUGUAGAUUGGGAAGAUAGAGGAAAUGUUUACCCUGGAGAGUGGAGAGGAAACAACCAGGGCCAAUUGCAUCCUUUGCCAGUAGUUCAGGCUGCUAACGAAACAACAGAGGGUAGGAGAAUCAGAAAUAUUCUCAUGAACUACUUUCAAACUGCAGCAGGCGAAAUUCCGUGGCAGUACGAUUAUGUUCGAGAUACCGGAAAUUAA